UAUAUAUAUUUUUAAGUAAAUAGUAAUACUUAUUAGAACACAUACGAAAAUAGUAAUACUUAUUGAACUUAUAUUUGAUUUUCAUAAUCUUGGAAACUAGUUUCUUAAGACCUACCAAACCCUAAUUUCUAAUUUCUAAAAAAUUUAAACAUGUCAUGAGUAAAAUUCAUAGGAGUUUUAAAUUCUCAAGCAUUAAAAUUCUUACCAACCGAACAUACCGUAAGAGAAGUCACAAUAUGAGAGAAUAUGAAGAACACCAAAAUUGAGUUAGUGUAUUGCAUACAUUUACAUUCAAAUUUAAUUAUUAGACUCAAAAUGUAUAUGACUCAUUAAAGGAAAAUUUAUUGAGAGAUGCUUAAACUCUUAACUUCUCUCAAGAAAUUGAUUCUUAAAGAAUCAGAGAGAGGCCGGUCAGUCUAAACACGGUGAUGGACAUUCGAUUUUCAUUCAAAAUUGGCUUGCUCUCCCUUUCUAAAUUAGGGUGGCAAUUCGUGCUAUAGGUCAGAUUUGCGUUGUAACGAAGUAUGAGUAUUUAAUUAUAAGGAAAAGUUAACGACUGCCUUAAGGGUUGUUGUCUUAAACCCUUGUUUUGGUUUAUUUGUUUGUUUUUUCCUUCGUGCUUAAACAAAUGUGGUGGGUAAUUCAAACCUAAUUCUCUAAUUGGAGUAACAAAACUCUUAAAAUUUGAAGUUAGUUUUAUUCUUAGGGCUAGAAGGAUGAGCAACUGACCACCAGGAAAACUAAGGAAAGGCAGCAAUGUGGCCGUGCUUUUGGAAUGCAAUCUUAGUGACUAGGGAUUAGAAUUUAUAAACCAAAAUCUUGUUAUUCUCUUUGUUUAUUUGCAGAUUUUUCGAAGUCUCCAGCAAUUUCUUCGUCAUACCUUCGUGAGGCUAUUUCUUUGUCAAACCAGUUGCAGGAAAUAGACAUCGAGAAGUUAAAGAAAUUAAAGGAAACAUUUCAAGGGAUGGAGGACCAUGGCAUACAUAUAUCGAUGGCUGUUCAUUUAUAUGAAGCAGUAGAAAAUGAUAACGUUGUCGGUUUCAUUUCUAACUUGGAACAAGUUGAACAAGUGACUGCAUCAGGGAAUUCAGUGCUUCACAAGGCAGCAAGUUUUGGAAGCAAAAAUAUAGCUAAGUUCAUCAUUGAUAAAUUCCCCUUCUUUCUUACCAGGAGAAAUGUUUUAGGUGAUACUGCACUUCACGUUGCAAUCAAAGCUAGAAAAUACGACGUAAUGGAAGUCCUCGUUGAUACUAAUGUUAAUGACCGUGAACAGUUAUUAGAAAUGAAGAACAACGUUGGAAACACUGCCCUGCAUGAAGCUGUCAUAGUUCAGUGUUCUCUUGAAGUCGUGAAAUAUUUAUUUUCGCGUCAUAAAGAAGCGUCGUACUAUUUGAAUGACGGAGGUGAAUCUCCAUUAUGUCUAGCCAUUGAAACUGAAAGUAUAGAAAUUCUUGAACUUUUGUUAGAAGCUCCAUAUGAAAAUGGCAGGCUGAUGGAAAGGCCUCGGAUAGAGUCACCUGUUCAUGUUGCCAUCUUCAAGAAAAGACGAGAUAUGUUGGAAAUAAUAUUCGAGAAGAAUAAACAACUAUUCCACAUAAGAGAUGAAAAGGGGAAGACGCCAUUGCAUUAUGCAGCAUCCAAAGGUUACAUUGAUGGCGUUCGAUUCCUGUUAAUAACAGAAUUUAAACAUGAUGCCUUUGGAAGGAGUAACAAUGGUGACUUUCCUAUUCAUGCUGCGUGCAAAAGAGGACAUACAAAAGUAGUCAAAGAGUUUCUUCAACAACAGUGGCUCUAUCCAACAGAAUUACUCAACAAAAAGAGCCAGAAUGUUCUUCAUGUUGCUGCUGAGUAUGGAAAAAACGAUGUGGUAAAAGCCAUACUGAGUGACUCAAAACUUGAGGAGCUUAUAAAUGCAGUAGACGAGAAUGGAAACACUGCUUUGCAUUUGGCGUCACUAUACUUUCAUUCUAACGUUUUAUGUUCUCUCACGUGGAAUAAGAGAGUUGAUUUAAAACGCAGAAACAAGGAAGGCCUGACUGCUAUUGAUAUUGCAUCAAGAAUUCGAAACAAUUUGAAAUCUAGGCAGGAAUUAACACUUUGGGUCUUAAGUUCAGCUGGCACACCCUACAGUGAAAAGGGAAGGAAGUUUAGCUUGAAACGAGAAAGAGAACCACCAAAAUUGGAGCAAGUUCAGAACCUGAUCAACGUAAUUUUGGUGAUAGCAGUGCUAGUGGCCACCGUGACCUUUUCUGCUGCCUUAACUGUACCGGGUCGUUUCAACCGCUCUGAUGCGGGACAUAGAAAGGCUUUCCAGGUUUUCAUUAUCUGUGAUUCCAUAGCUAUGUAUUACUCCAUGACAGGGGCUUUCGUCCUCAUAUGGGCAUUAGUAGCCAGUGACAUGGAAAAGUUUGCCAUUAAUAACGCUUUAUAUCUACUGGUAGUGGCUAUUUUCACGAUGUCCAUGGCAUUCAUGGCCGUUGUAUACAUAGCCCUGAGCAAUAUUCCUUGGAUUUCGUAUGUUCUUUUGGUUGGGGGAAUCUACUACCUUCUCAGUUUCAGUUUCAUUUUCACUGCGUUGAUUUUCCCAAAAAUUAGAAAUUCCAAUCCUAUUGUACAUUUCAUUAGUCACUAUAGCGUUCCAUCCAUACUUUUAUGCGUCAAAAUUUGGGAACGAGUCCCUUUAAUGUCCAACUGAUGCUUUUAUUAGGCCAACGUUGGGAACAAGCAGAUGAUAGCAAAGCAAGAGUCUCAGCCAGAGAGAGAAGAUUUGCAGGAGGAAGGCCACAUAAAGGAGGACUAGUUCAUUUCAAAUAUACAUAAUGCUCGUAAAUAUUGUGAUCAAUCUCAAGCCACUUCUCAAAUAAUAAAAGUUUCUGGGACUUCUCAAUAUGGAAGGGUUGUGAUUGUAAUAAGAUGUUUGGACAUUAACAAGCAUCAUAUUCUAUGGAUUGUAAUAUUUUAGAUGUUUGGACUUUACCAAGCACCAUUUCCUAUAGUAGAAGGUAUCUGUAUAAUAAAAUGUAAAUGAGUGGACUAGGUUAUAUAACACACAACACUCUUAUAAGUUAUCAUAGUUUUUUAGUGAAGUUUAUGGUGUGUUUUUCUAUUUA